ACACCACACCCCCCUAGCCUAGUCCAGGCAACAGCCUAAGGAACUUGGAAGUGGUUUUGCCGUCCUUCUGGAAUUGUGAUUCGAGAUCCAGCGGGCAUUAGCCGUGGCUGCAAACUGAGAAAGUCUUGCCGUCCCCGCCCGUCUGCUGACUAGCUAACUAUGUCGCUCGCCGCUUUCCCUCUAGCAGAUUGACCGCAACUCUCGACGCUCCACGCGACGCACUAAAGUGCAACAGAGGGAUUCGAAGCUCAGACAUCUGCAUCCCCUUCUCACGCCGGCUUUCACAGCAUCCCCGCCGUCAGAACCCCUUCCUCGCAGUCGCAUUCGUCCAGCCGGUAUCGCCCGUGCUUCAAACUCCAGCGGGAGUUUAAAGCCCAGGUCCCGCGAGUCACCCGGGUCCCGCGAGUCACCUGGGUCCCGUGGCCCACAGCACAACACGUGGCCACAUCACGUGGCCCUCGUCGCCAGCGCAGUAGCCGCUAUCGCCGCUUCGCCCUUGCCUCUAGGAGAUGGCUGACUCCGGCAAGCUCCCACUGCUAGCGGACGACGGAGCGAGCGCCGGAGCGAACGGCGGGCUUAUCGGCGGAUUGAGCGGCGGAUUGAACGGGAGCUUCAAGAUGGGCGGGAGCCGGUGGCGGUACCGCGUGGGCGCGGGGCUCCUGGUGGUGCUGGCGCUCGCCGCUCCCCUGGCGUACCAGCUAUGGCAGCCCAGCCACGACGUCGCCUUCGACCCCUCGCAGUGGCAAGGCGUCAUGCGCUUGUCAACCGCGCCAACCAACAACAACGCCUGGAGCGCGCUCAUAUUUUCCGCUGCCAAUCCCGCCGGGCGCGCCGCCGCACUUGGCGGAGAGGUGGCGGGCAGAGGAGAGCCGUGGGAUGCGAUGGAGAUGGCCGCAUCGGAACGGUUGUUCUUCGCCGGCGCAGCUGACGUCAUGCCUUCUCCUGAUGACGAGUUUCUCGCGCAAGGUGACGUCAGCCUUCCAGCUGACGGCGAGGGCGACAUUGAGGGAACGCAGGGAGCUGCGUCGUACGACAAGGACUUGUCUACUAACGAAUCGUCUUAUACUGGGGACGUCGGCAGUGUCGACGCGCAAGGCAGUGCGGUUACCGAAGAUGGCGGUGACCGUCACACGGGGGGAGCGGAAGGCGAAGACGGGUUGCGCGCGGGAGUGGGGGAGGCGGAAAACCGCGGGAACGAACCUGGCGCAACAACGGCGGACGCCCUGCGGGGCUCUGUCCGCGCAGACGCGCCAACCGCGGAAGCAGCGGAGGGGGAGGAACUAACUCAACACGAAGGCGGGGAUGGCGCGGGACGGCGGAUGGGAAAGCCGCGGCGGGAGCGGAGUGGGUUUGACGCGGCGCUUCCGCACGCGACGGUGAAGCUGCUGCGGAGAGUGGCGGAUGCGGGGCUGCCGGUUCCGCGCGACCCGUGGCUGUGCGCGACACGCGCUGCUGACGUGGAGGGAUACACGCGACCGACAGAGAACGUGCGUGGGCAGUACGUGUUCCGGGGCAGCACUGUGGACCUGGCGGACUGCCGGCUGUUCUUCAACGCCCUCACCACGCCCUCGCCCUUCAACUCCACCUUCACCACCAUCACCCGCAAUGACCCCUUGCCCGAACCCCCCAUCGACUCCCCCUCCUCCCCCUCAUCCUCCUCCCCCUCCCCUGCCCCCUCCUCCCCCGUCCCCUCCUCCGCUCCCCCCAUCCCCAAGAUCGCCUUUCUCUUCCUCACACGCGGCCCCCUCCCUUUAGCCCUGCUGUGGAAGCGCUUCUUCCUGAACCACUCCGCCUACUUCUCUGCCUACAUGCACGCAGCCGAGCCCGGGUACCGCGUGGAGCCGAGGGUGCGCAGGGGCCUGAACCUACAAGUCGUGCCCAGCAAGCCGGUGUUCUGGGGCACGCUUAGCAUCGUUGAGGCCAUCAAGAGACUGCUGGCCCAAGCCCUCCUGGACCCCCUGAACGUGCGGUUUGUGGUGCUGAGUGAGAGGGACGUGCCUCUGCACGCCUUCCCCACGGUGUACCGCUACCUGCUGUCGUCGAACCAGAGCUUCGUGGGCGGGUACCGCAAGUUCUUCCGCGACAACAGGGCGGCCAUCAAGAUGUUCCCCAAGGAGCUGCUGCUGCAGGGGUGGAUGCACGGCGAGUGCUGGGUGGAGAUGGCCCGCCCGCAUGCUGUGGAGGUUGUGAAGGACUGGGAGUGGCACGAGAAGGGCCGGGAGUACUGCCUGCAGAUGCAGCGGCCCACGUGCUGCGUGGACGAGAACCUGGUGCACAACAUCAUCACCUCUAAGCACCCGCACCAAGUGGCCAAUCGCAGCAUCGUGAGCGUCGACUGGCAGCGCAAAACCGGCCACCCGCACACGUACCUCCCGAGGGACAUCACCCCUGAGUCUAUAAGGGGGAUAAAGGAGGAGUGGCAUGAGAAUCAGAAGCGCCCGUACUCGCAGCCCAUGUUUCUGCUGCCCAAGGAGUCGCAGGAGUUUGUGAUGUCCAACCGGACGUGCACAGUGAGCGGGGAGAACACGAUCUGCUGGCUAUUUGCCCGCAAGUUCAUAGGUUUGUCGCUGCGUCCGUUAAUGGACCUGCCAAGGGACGUGCUUGGGUAUUAGGCUUGAUAGAGGAAGAAUACUUCCCCGCUAGGGCAGCUUGUCGCUGCCCACUGCUAACUAUGUAUAUCGUAAUUCCCCCGAUAUAAGACCAUGAAUUGUGUGACCCAAUGGGUGUGAUGAUUGGGCAGGCCCUCUGUUUCAGGAUUUGUUUUUUC